GGGAGCUGGGGAAAUGGGGACAGAGACCUGCUCUUUUUCUCUUUUUUCUUUUUCAUUUUAUGAAACAAAUAAAAAAACAGAGACUAAGAUCUUGAUUUUGAUUGGGUGAGAGUUAAAUAUACUCUCUUUUUCCUUUUAUUCAUUUUCUUCUGUGGAGAAAGUGGGAAGGAAGCUUGCCAUUUGUUUCCUUUAUGUCUAGAUCGAGAUCAAGGCUGUCAGAUUGUGCCUCCAUCCAUGGCCAAAUCUAAGGUCAGAGAAAGAGAAAAAGAAGAAGCAGAAGCAGAGGAGGUUGGUGGUGUUAUAUCAAGCCCAGCCAAAAUCCCACACGCUUGCCAUUUUGUCUGUGGGUCUAACAGCACCUACUAUUUCUUCACCACCUCCAUCUCUUUCUUGUUUUUCUCUUUCUUCUCCUUCUCCGAGGCUUCUCGCUCCAUCCCAACACCCACUCUCUCUUCCUCUUCUUCUGCUACUACUUAUACCACUGCUUCUACUUCAAAAACCCACCACGUUGACUACACCAUUAUCAUAAUUCUCAGUGUCUCCUCUGCUGCCUUCCUCGCAUUUCUCCUUGUUUCAGCCAUGGCUGUGCUCAGGUGCUUCGGCUUCAAACUAAAACGCAAGCAAACCCGCGUCACUUCUAACAGUCUUAGCAGUCUUGAAGGCAUCAGCCACGAGCCUCUUGAUCAGAAGGAUGAUAUGGCGGGUGAAAGUGGGAAUUUUUCUGUGAGGAAGUUGAGUUGGGAUGAGAUUGAAAGAUCCACCAACAAUUUUUGUAAGGUGAUCGGAUCUGGAGGGUACAGCAAUGUCUACUUGGCUCGUAAACCAUCUGGGUUUUGGGCAAUUAAGAUUAACAAUGGCAGCGAACGCCUCAAUCAAGUUUUCAAGCAAGAACUCGAUAUCCUCCUCCACCUUCAGCAUCCCCACAUCGUCAAGCUUCUCGGCUACUGCGAUAAACAAGAGGAGGGUGCUCUGGUUUUUGAGUACGUUGCCAAUGGAAACCUACAAGACAAGCUUCACGGCGGAGAAUCAAGCCCCGUGCUGCCAUGGAGGAACCGCAUGGCGAUCGCCUUCCAAAUCGCACAGGCAUUAGAGUACCUCCACGAGAAAUGCCCUCUUCAGAUCGUUCACAUGGACAUCAAAGCCUCCAACAUCUUGCUCGACCAAGAUCUCAAUUGCAAGCUCUGCGAUUUCGGGUCGGCGAAGAUGGGGUUUUCCUCGACGGUCCGGCCGCCGUCGUCGUCGAUGAAAAGUCACGUGUUGACGAUGAUGGGCUCGCCCGGGUACACCGACCCGCACUACCUCCGAACCGGGAUCGCCUCCAAGAAAAACGAUGUCUACAGCUUCGGCGUUUUGGUUCUGGAACUUGUGACGGGCAUGGAAGCCUUCUGCUCGGAAAAGGGCCAGUUUUUGACGUCGAUGGUGGGGCCCAGGCUGAAGGACGGCGGAGGUAACGUGGCGGAGGCGGCGAGGAUGGUGGACCCGCGGCUGGGCGCGGCGGGGUUUGACGUUGAAGAAGCCAAGACUAUGCUUUCGGUUUCGGCCAUGUGCUUGCGGCAGUCACCGACACUGAGGCCUUCGGCUGCUCAGAUAUUGCAGACAAUUCAUGAGAAAAUUCCAUCUGUUUCGUUUCUACAGUCGCACCAGAAACAAAUCAUAUACUAAUUGAGUGAUUUGAUUGAUUGAUGGAUUGAUGGAUUGAUGGAUCGAUCCCAACCGUCGAUUUGGACGACCUUGGUGAAUUGGUUGUAUAGAAAUGUAGAAAUUGGUGUCUGGUUUUAUUUUGUUUUAGUGUAAAAGAAAGUUUUAAUAAUGAUUCUGAUGUAAAUUUGCAUUCACCAAAUUUGUAAGGGAAAAUGAAAGAUUAUAUACACAAGAUCAUAUGUUUAUUUUGCUGCUUUUU